ACCACAGGCACUUCCUUUACUCAGCCUACCAUAUAAAAACACACAUCUCCCCUUUCUUUCUCUCAACAAACAUUUCUCCAAACUAAAACCUUACAACAACAACAACAACAACAACAACAACAUUGUUUUAUAUCUCAAUCAAAAACCUCGAAUCUUUUUCUAUGUCUAUUCAAGAGCAGCACUUAAUCAUGGAGUCUGAAACCCGAAACUCGAAGUUUAAUAAUGAGGAGAAAGAUAAAGAUGAGGUUAAUGUAGCAGAAAGCAAACCCUCGAUAUCUACACAGCUCUACCUCAGGUCGUCGUCGUCAUCGAAACCGCUCGACAAAGAAGUCGUGCUCGGUCGAAUCCAGCGUCGGAAAUGCAUGAACAAGGUGAAGAACACCUUACACUCCUUGCUAAGCUUGAAUGGUUCAACAACAACUUCAACUGCAUCCAUAACUCAGGAUCAGAUGUGGGUUGACCUUGGAGAUGCCUUUUCUUGCCCCUGAUUUCUAUUUUAAGCUGCUGGUGUUAAACUUUCAAGGUUUCUGGUUUAAAUUAGUUGAGUUCUUCAGAUAAAUUUGUACAUUGUUAUAGCUUAUAGCUAAAGAUGGUUGUGGUCGGGAAAGCCGGAAAGCCCGAGC